CGACGAGAUAUAGUUUUACUAUUACGGCCCCAUCUUUUAGUCCAUCUGUUAGCUGCUUGAAGGUACUUAAGUAGGUAAAGGGACACAGAUGGGGGAAAAGAUGCUGGAUCGUAGUGCGUUCUAAUACUAGCAGACGAAGUCGAACCUUUGUGGCUAAAAUCGGCCCUGGAAGGGUUAGGAGCCCCACCACCGGACCCGGAUCCAAGUCUAUUUCAACAACUACCUAGGGAGGACAACGAGGAAAAUUCUGAAGGAGAGGAACAGCGAGAUCCGAGUAUCGGGGGCAGAGAAUCUAGUACUGGAUCUCACAAAUCUAGUAGUUCAGGGCUUCUAUCUUCUGAAACCAUUCGGACGGACUCGGAUGUUGGAGAACAUGACUCAGUUGGAAAUACUGCUGAUGUUGGCAGUAAGACUUUGCUUGGGAGUCGUUCUAACAGUCCCGAUCAGAGUCCUCGCCAUACU